GCGCCGCCGAUUCGGCCUUCGCCGAGCAGAUAGUGGAGAUCGGCUUGCCUGCCGCAGGCCACAAGACGGCGAAGGCCGUGGCCGACGGCGCUGAGCUCCGGUUCGUGAAUUCAGCGGCGCCGCGUCGGAGCCUUACUUGCGUGUGGCCGCAGCUGUGGGGCGCGAAGCAGCUGGCCGCCGCGCAGCCGUGGAGAGGAGCCAAUGGCCCCAUCGUAGCGCUCGUGCUCGCCCUCAGGGAGGUCUUGUGGGGCUUCGUGGACGCCGACCCGUGCGUCUUGCACUGUGCAUGCGGCGGCGCCUGCGACGUCGGGCGCAGGUCUUCUGCCUUCGGCCAGCUGGUGGCCCAAGAGACGCGCGGCGCGCGGGGGCUCGAGGAGCGC